GGGAUUAGAUAACACUGGGUUUCCUUUUCUUUUGGGGGUCUCAAAAAUGAGGGGAAGAGGUUGUAGGAAGAGUUGUUAUUAUUGUUAUGUUUCUGUGUAAGAGUUGUAAGGCUGGCUCUUUCAAGGCUCUUUCUCCUCAGGCCCUUUCUAUACAGCUGAAUAAAACCCCACAUUAUCUUCUUUGAACUGGAUUAUAUUGCAGUGUGGAUUCAGAUAGCCCAGUUCAAAGCAGAUAUUGUGGAGUAUCUGCCUUGAUAUUCUGGGGCCCCUUGCACAGAGCUGCAUAAAACCCCACAUUAUCUUCUUUGAACUGGAUUAUAUUUCAGUGUGGACUCAAAUAACCCAGUUCAAAGCUGAUAUUGUGGGUUAUUUGCCUCGAUAUUCUUGGUUAUAUGGCUGUGUUGAAAGACCCUGAGGCCCCUUCCACACAGCUGAAUGAAAUGCCCACAUUAUCUUCUUUGAACUGGAUUAUAUUUCAGUGUGGACUUGGAUAAUCCAGUUCAAAGCAGAUAUUGUGAGUUAUCUGCCUCGAUAUUCUUGGUUAUAUGGCUGUGUUGAAGGGCGCUGAGGCCCCUUCAACACAGCUGAAUAAAAUCCCACAUUAUCUUCUUUGAACUGGAUUAUAUUGCAGUGUGGACUCAUAUAAUCCACUUCAGAGUAGAUAUUGUGGAUUAUCUGCCUCAAUAUUCUGUGUAGAAGGGCCCUGAGGCCCCUUCCACACAGUUGAAUAAAACCUCACAUUAUUUGCUUUGAACUGGGAUAUAUGGCAGUGUGGACUCAGAUAACCCAGUUCAAAGAAGAUAUUGUAGGAUUUUCUGCCUUGAUAUUCUGAGUUAUAUGACUGUGUGGAAUGGCCCCCAGUCCUGGGCUGUUAUGUGAAAAGUCUUCUGUUUGAAUGAAUGUGGUGCAGACACCUCCAGAACGUCCAAGGCUAUAUAUGUGUGUGUGUGUGUAUUGUGUUGACUUCUGCUCCAAGGUGAUAAUUUAUUAUUAGCAGGAAAAAUGGUUUGAGAGGGUGUCAAUGGAGCAAGGGGAACAGGAUCAGGGAGCCCUGAUGGAAAAGAGAGCAAAUUGAAAGCUUGUUAUAUAAUGCCACACUAUGUGGAUAACAAGAACAAGCUAUUUUUAUUUUGUUUACCGUAUGGUAUGCAAUAGGGACUCCUCCAAAAUAAUAUUUUCUUCCCAGCCGCCCUGGACCCAGCGAGAUCCAGGAGGGCACCCACAAGGUGGCAUGUUGUGCAUAAUAUAGUUUUGUGUAAUUGUUUAGGCACACGCACUGGCACACUCUUAUGCAGAUGCAUGCCUUGGAUGUGUAGAUCCUGUUCUCUCUGCAUAGAGAUGAUCACUACGUCGGCGAUUAAAAUAUUUAGUUCUGGCUGUUUUUGGAGCAACAUUCACCGCAACUUAGACAGGUGAUCCAAGCACUGAGUUUCUUGACCUCUCAAAGACAACCACCACCUCCAUUAUCGUUAUCUUCUCCAUUGAAAGAUUCUGUGUAAAUAAGCAGAAAACUAGCACAGUGGUUGAAUAUUUCAAGACUCAGAGGAUUUUUACAUCAAAGAAAAAUAGGAAAAGGCCUUGGUAAUUAUUCACAUCCUGGAGCACAAUGAAAGAGUUUUAAUGCACAGACUUCAGGUAAAAAGCGCUGCAGCAACAAGGACAGGCGAAAACCUUACCAUUGCACCUGGGAACACUCCUAUCAUUUGAAGUCAGGAGAGCACGUGUACCAACACAUUUGAAAACUAAGCAGAAGAUUCUAAAGAAGAUUGUUCAGGCUGACAUGAGAGCACCACUGAAGGCCUGUGAGCAAUCCAGCAACAUCUGCAAAUUCUUCAAGGUGAAAUCUGAAAGACCUAACAGACGACAGUGAAUGUUAGAUGCUUGCAGAGGUUUGUGCUCACGGAGAUGAUUCCUCAUGAAGUCUCUGGAUCCGCUUCACAAAUCAAAUGUGACUUUCCACUUAGCAGACUGAAACCAGAGCCAGCCAGGCAGUGAAGCCACAGAAGAAAAGGGCUGGGGCUGGUGAAACAUGAAAUCCAACCAGGAGAGAAGCAAUGAAAGCCUGCCACCUAAGAAGCGAGAGAUCCCUGCCACCAGCCUGCCUUCUGAUGUGAAGCCAUUAGUUUUGGCCAGUGAAAAUCACCGUGCAGAUAACUUAACAUGGCUCUCAAGUACAACCAGCAGUCAGAGCAGUGUGAGUGGGCGAAGCAGAUCUGGAGGGACCUUGGUGGAGGCUGGAUCACACCAGGGAAUAGGUUUACACAAAUCACUAUCUACAGGCAUGGAUUAUUCCCCACCUAGUGCUCCGAGGUCUGUUCCAGCCACUGCAACACUUCCCACCGUGUAUCCAUCGGCACUCUCACAGGCAGGGACACCUGUUUCCCCAGUGCAGUACACACAUCUGCAGCACACGUUCCAGUUUGUUGGGCCCCAGUAUAGUGGACCAUAUGCCGGAUUCAUCCCUUCUCCACUGAUUUCCCCCACAGCCAGUUCUGCAACCAGCACAGCAGCCUCUGCCACUGCUGUUGCAACCACUCCAUCCCAGCGUUCUCAACUGGAGGCAUAUUCCACUUUGCUGGCCAACAUGAGCAACCUAAGCCAGCAAGGGCACAAGGUUGAGCCACAUCUAGUCAGGACACCUGGAUUGAUCACAGCAGGGUCUCCGCCACCUACCCAGCAAAACCAAUAUGUCCACAUUUCCAGCUCUCAGAGUGCUGUCAGAAAUGUUUCUCCUCCAGCCAUCCCAGUCCAUCUGCAUCCUCACCAGACGGUGAUUCCUCACGCAUUUGCUCUUGGUCCCUCCUCCCAGGUGGUAGUGCAAUACACGGAUUCAGGUGGCCAUUUUGUCACCAGGGAGUCCACCAAGAAGUCUGAGAGCAGCCGGCUGCAGGCUAUGCAAGCAAAAGAAAUACUGAAUGGAGAAAUAGAAAAGGGUAGGCGGUAUGGCCUCUCGCCAUCCUCAGAAGUGAAUCUUGUCAAAUCUGGCAAUAAACCAUCUCCUCAUCAUUAUGAGGCCAGGCAUGUGGUUGUCCACUCGGGUCCUACUGAUUAUAUUACACGGGAUUCCUCCAGUGUCCGGUCCUCUAUUAUGGUUGUCCCUAACAAUAACACAACUACUGCAGACAUGGAAAUCCAGCACGGCAGCAAUCGAGAAACACCUCCUUCAGUCCUCAAUGAAAAGGGAAGCUUGCAUUUAGGAAAAACAGCCCACCGCUCCUAUGCUUUAUCUCCACAGCAGACUAUGGGUCAUGAAGGGGUGAAAACAGUUGCCACUUUGUCGCCUCACACAGUCAUUCAGACCACCCACAGCGCCUCAGAGCACCUCCCCGUUGGGUUGCCAGCUGCGGCUUUCUACACAGGGACUCAGCCACCAGUCAUUGGCUACCUGAGCAGUCAACAGCAAGCCUUUGGUUAUCCUGGAAGUCUACCACAGCACCUAGUAAUACCUGGAACCCAGCCCCUAUUAAUACCAGUAGGCAAUGCAGAUAUUGACUCAUCAGGGGUACCACCUUCUAUGGCCACAUCAUCUCCACAGCUGGCGGCAGUACCUCACACGUUUGUCACAACCACCAUUCCAAAAAGUGAGAAUUUCAAUGCCGAGUCACUCGCAAGUCAGCAGGCUUACCAGGCAGCCGUGGUGCAGGCUCAGAUCCAUCUUCCCUUGGUCCAGUCAGUUCCUUCUUCGGCAACUGCUCCUCCAACACUGCCUCCUUACUUCAUGAAAGGGUCUAUCAUUCAGUUGGCCAAUGGGGAACUAAAGAAAGUAGAAGAUUUAAAAACAGAAGACUUUAUACAGAGUGCAGAAAUUAGCUGUGACCUGAAAAUAGACUCCAGCACCGUGGAAAGGAUUGAUGAUAGCCAUAACCCAGGCAUUGCCAUGAUACAGUUUGCAGUUGGAGAGCACCGGGCACAGGUGAGCGUUGAAGUCUUGGUAGAAUAUCCUUUUUUUGUAUUUGGACAAGGUUGGUCAUCCUGUUGCCCCGAGAGAACGAGCCAGCUCUUUGAUCUGCCGUGCUCCAAACUCUCCGUUGGGGAUGUCUGCAUAUCACUUACACUCAAGAAUCUGAAGAACGGCUCCAUUAAAAAGGGCCAGUCCAUGGACUCAGCUAGCAUCUUGCUGAAGCACUCUAAGAAUGACAGUCUGACUAGUAGUAGACAUCGGUAUGCGGAGCAGGAAAAUGGUAUUGAUCAGGGAAGUGCAAAGAUGUCAUCCGAGAAUGGUGAACUGAAGUUUCCAGACAAAAUAGGAUUGCCCGCAGCGUCUCUUCUUACGAAAUCGGAACCCAGCAAGCCCACAGCAACCAGGAAGAGGAGGUGGUCAGCCCCAGAAUCCCGAAAGCUCGAGAAGUCAGAAGAGGAACCGCCGUUGACUCUUCCCAAACCUUCUUUUAUUCCUCAGGAGGUUAAGAUUUGCAUUGAAGGGCGAUCUAACGUAGGCAAGUGAAGUCUGUUUAGGGAAACGAAAUUAGGCUAUCCCUUGUCAUUUUUAUCCAGAUUACUGUACUGUAGGCUAAAAUAACCCAGUAUUUACAUGUUAUCUUCUUAUUUUAGGUUUAUGUUAUAACCUUGUUGUUAUAGUUGCAGCUGGUAUUAUGCAGGAGACUGGUGCAUACUUCCCCCUUACCUACCCACCCACCCACCCCCAAGUGUUCAUCAGUGAUUAUUUUUUAUCAAGAGCUACAGAAAGGUCAGGUUCUGCGUCAUCCCCACCCUUUGUGGAAGCAAAUGUUGUCGCGGCUCUUGUUUUCCAGCACUUCAAGCAGAGUAAGCCUCAGCUUUCUGCGAGGAAGAAAUGGGAACUGUAGCAGAGAUGAACACUAUUGCUCAAUUUCAGCAAGAGGGUGGGACUGGAAGAUCCACCAUUUUUGAUAGUUCUCUCAAUAGGCAACUUUUGGGCAUUCAGUCCAGAAGUAAGAACAGAGAACUCAACAGUCUCUGAGGCUUUGCACAAUAAGACCACCUUUUUAAGUUUCCCCAUCUUCGCCACAUGUUUUUCUGAAUCCCCAACCCCAUCCGUCACCCUGCAAUAGGGGUGUCUUGACUGCACUAUUUUUUAUUAUUAUUAUUGUUAUUGUUAUUAUUAUUCUCCUCAGAGACUGCCACAUGGAGAUUUUAUUUUCAGUUGCUAGUCCAGCUGCAUAGCAAAGGUGUAGCAAUGUUGUUUUGCAAACAUUGAGGAUUUCUUUAAAAGCAGGACAUUGUUGCCUCAGGCCUAGCGAGUGUCAAAUCGGAGAGACACCACCCUCACUAGAGCCCACUAGAGCUCUCCAUUACGUGUGCACAGGGUUAAAGGAAACCGAGUUGGAUAAAGUUACUUUUUGGAUUAGAGUUCUCAGAAGAGUCCAGUCAAUGUGGAUACUAGCCAUACUGCCUAGAAAGUUCUGGGAACUGCAAUCCAAUGAAGCAACUUUUCCAAGUUUGGCAGAGAUCUAUUGAGUGUUGCCACUGACAUUUGCUUCCACAAGGCAAAUAUGCACUGCCCCUUUGAGAGAGAAUGAACAGAAAAGCUGUUUGCAUUUAAGUUGCAAAUCUUUGUCUUUUAACUCUAGUACUGUUUUAGUUCCAUCUUGACUAUGGACAACUAGUGCCACUUUUUUUCAAAUUUCAGUGUGACACAAGGAAGUGGAUGUCGAAGAUGAACAUAGAAUGUCUUUAAGCACUUACAAUGCUGUUCACACUUUUGUUGCUGAGCAUCCUGGCUUAAUACUCGGCAAGUACUGUAUCUCACUUUAAUCUCUUUGAUGAGAGAGGAAAAAAGCAAAGAAAGAAACUGAUUUCUUCAACACUGUUAACUACAUGCAAGCUUAUGUAGAGGUUUCUCACAAGCAAGAUGUUGAAAGUUUUUCAUGUGAUUUCAAAGGGAUGAAUGUGAAUUAUGAACUGGUCUGUGACAGUCAUUGUCCACAAGGACUACUUAAUAGGAGGCACUUUUAAAACUUUAAUGCUUGUGAAAGAGUUAAAGGCAUAUGCGAGCUGACAGAUAAUAAAAGAAUUAAGAGAGAGUCUAAAAGAAAGAAGAAAAAUCAUUAUUGUCCAGUGUUUUUGAAAAAAAAAAGAUGGACUUUAAAGAAUCUUGCAAUUUGCACAUCUUGAGUUUAUCAUUUGCGUGGUAUUCCUGCAGUUUUUACCUAAUAAUUUUUGGGGAAGGGAGAGGGACUGAAAAAGCUUAAACAAAUGUAGCAAUUACUUACUAACCUGCCUAAUGUCUAGACCAUUUUUGUAGGGUUAGGUUUCCUUUCAACCUCUUUAUUUUCUUUCUACCAUAUCUGUCAUCCUGAACCAGGACGGACUCUGAGAAUUUCUCUUCAGAUUUUGCUGAGUUUUCCAUAAGAGUCACUUUGACAUGGAAGCAAGUUUUGGUUUUUGAUUUUAAUUCUAAUCCAUUGUUAUUUUAUUGUUGUGAAUAUUACUUUUUCUUACCUUGAAUAACUUCUUUUCCAUUAUUAGUAGAUGUCAAAGUUUGGUACAAAACAGGACGAUGGGUAGAAGGUUUACCCAGUUAAGCUCUUUUAUUAUUGGUGUUGUUACUGUUCCCAGAAAUCUGAAACAAAAUUGAGAGUGGAUCCAGAGAUCCCAACUCCUGCUGAUUCUGUGGCUUCCAUCUUGAAAUCCGUUCCCAAUGAAUAGCCACAUUAAAGCCCUGGUGACUACUCACACAGAGAAGUGAUAUAAUAAUACCAACCUGUGAAAAAAAAUCAGAUCACUGAACGUACAGCCUACUUUUAAAUCCAGCUAAUGAAAUUACUGCAUUCAUUUCUAAAGAAUUAAAUUAGGGUCACUUGAUGAGAGGUAAUUGGCAUUUUCACAUAUGAAACUUCAUUUGGGUUCUCUUUGAAUUGGUCUGUAAUGUGAAUAUAAAAUCCAUGUUAGCAUGUUUUGUCCAUGUUAACCUUGUUCACUUGUGGUACAAAUAUACUAGAGGCUCAAAUAUUGUAUCUUGUGUGAAAAUGAUGCAAGAAUGUGUCUGUGUUAGUUCCAGCUUAUCAGGGGUAGGUGAGCGAGCAUGACUCUUCUUCUUUCCCCAUUUGCAUUGGCUUUUGGAAGUCAUCUGGGGUGAGGAAGGUAGAUGAAAGGGCAUGUUGCCGGUACAAAUAAAGGCUGUUUGCCCAUAUUUCUUUCCCAUGAUCAUUCCACUUGCCCUAAGGUAGCCACUCUCCUCAAUGUGGCCUUCUUUGGGGAAUGAAUGAAGCUGAAAUAGAGAAUUUGCACAUCUCUGUUACUCAAGUGAAGGGUAAACAUCUAAAUUUGCCUAGAUUCAAUCAAUGUUUAGUUGACUUGCCCGGCAAGAAUUCAUCUCUCUUGAUCAAGACUUUGACCCUGAAUGCGGUCCUGCUGGUUGCACUGGGAACCUGUUAAUCAGAGGCCCUUUGAAAUCAAGAAUCUAAAUUUUAGAAAUCAGAACUGAUCCUAAAAGCAAAUUCCUCCAAAUGUUCAUUUUCCUUCCCUAGUUCCUUAUGAAUAUUUCAAAAGGAAAAUGACUCCCAGUCUAUCUCCCCCCUUCAGUUCUUAUGUCUCUUUGUUACUUGAACCUUAGCUCACACCAGAACUAAUCAUUUUUGUACCAUUUUCUGGGGUGCACCAAAAAUGUGUUUAAGUUUGAAAAUAGCUUGAAAUCUUUCUUGAAUUGUUGUUGUUAUAACCUCUCAGUAAUUCACCAAAUAGCUGAGCAGGUUCCUUCUUACAAUCAUAUGGCUUAUUUAGUGCUGUAAUUUUUUUUCAACUUUUCUGCUCAGAGAACUUUGCUUAAUCUUCCAUAAACUCUGCUCAGGGCACUUUCCAUUUAUUGUUUUUUGGAGUUUUAUUUUGGCUUUUUUGUUUUGUUCUGGGUUUUUUUGUUUUUGUUUCAAUCUCUGAUGGUGAGAAGAAUAGAAAGACACGGGACAGAAUUCCCUAUUUUGUUCCCAUCAGUACCACUAUUCUCAUGUGUACUUAGAGAGCAUCAUUCAUAUAAGGAAGCAGGGAUUUUGGAACUGACCGCACCUAGUAGACACUAAAAAGUAAAAACUAGUAAUAUAAAGAUUGGAGCAAUAGGAAUGUAUUUGUUCUCUGCUUGCAUUGCAGACUUAGAAUCCUGCAAUUGCAGCUCUUUUUCCAAACAUUAUUCCCUUUUGUUGUGCUUUUGCUUUUUUAGCAUGUGCAAUAUUUUAUGUGCCAAUUUAGAUUCAUCCAAUUGGUGAUAGGUAAACCCUUUCCCUGCCAUUUUUGUGUGUGGAAUCUAGGGCCUUAUACUCCCUUGGUCCAUGAUGGGGACAUGAUGUCUCCAUAUGCCAAAAAUUCUGGCACCCAUGGAGUGAGGGCUCUAUAAAGCUCUUAUCUUAGCCUACAUGGCCUCUAUGUUUAAAAAACAAACAUCCAGUGGAGAAAAACAUAUUAAAUCAUACCCUUCCCUCAGAGGAUAUUAAAGAUGAAAAGGAUUACUUGGGAUGGGACAAAUUCUGUGAAAAUGAAUGAUAUACAAAUCAGUAAUUGGGCCCUUUUGGGUGGUGCAAAUAACGUUCUACAAAGUUGCCAGCAUUGUUCUAUUUUGCACCUAUUAACUAUGAGUGAUUUUUACCUUGCAUUGAAAAAGGAGAUAAAUACCCCUUUCAGAGGCGCACACAUGCCCUCUGUUUCUGAACAAUCUGUGAUUGAGGAAAGGUUACUUCUGGAUAUGGGUGGGUUUGUUUGUUUGUUGGGUUAGAUGCACAGAGGAGUGGUAGUUCCAUUCCCAAUACCCUUUUCCAAAUUCUGGUUUCCAAAUUCUGCCUCAUCCUUGGAACACCCGGAGUCACGCUUUUCAGUUGAAAACAUGAACUAGUCAAUUUGUGGUCUAAUUCUGGGGAUUCUCACAUUUUCCAUUUCCCAAAAUGAUCCUACGUAAAUUCAGGUCCUGUUGAUGUCCACCAUAGAAGGUUGUGUAGUUCCUAUGUCCUCAAGAACAACUGGAUGAGAAAUAUGAGCCUUGCGCUCUAAAGUGCCAUAAUUUCAUUUGGGAAAAAUAAUAUAAUUUCACAAAGAAUAACUCCACCAAUAUUCUUGGAACUGUCCUUCUAAAGUUCUGCUUCACGGAAUCAUUCCCUUCCCAUUUCUCCCUGUGGGUUAAAUAGCAAUGAAAAAUUACAGAAAACAUUUGAAGAUCAUUCAGAUAAAUCACAUUGCAAGAGGCCUGCAUACAGUGUCCACAUGGCAAUAUUAACUGACUCAAGUUGUGUAUUUUUUUCCUUUGUUUUUGUACCAGAUCUGUUUUAGUUUACAAUGAAACUCAUACAAUCACCAAUAAAAUUAGUCAGGGCAAAGAAAAAAAAACAGAACCUCUUUAUAGGAAUUUCUAAAUAAAUAUAUCUAUAUCUAUAUAUCUAUAUCUAUAUAUAAUGACUGUUCCUCAUAGUGUUUAACUUAGGCAUCAUUUCAGUUUGUCUGGGCCACAUCAUGAGGGUUUCAGAAUGCAAUGUCACUUACCUUGUAUCCUGUAAGUUAAACAUGGAUUAUUCUUACUUUAAAAAAAAACCUUCUUUCUCUCUUUCCCAUUUUCCUACCCUAUUUUGGAAAAAAUGCAUGUCUUACCCAUCUGUUUUAAUCCUGAUGUUGCUUUUAAAUUUGUUGGGGGGCGGGGCACUGAUGCAGGAAGUGACAUCACUAUUAUUGUUUCCCUAAAUCAAGGAACAUUUGGAAACCUUUCACACCUCUUACUCAGGGAUGGGGCUGGUGUAUGUGUGGUACACUGAUGUGACCAGAAGGAGCACUUUUACUGCUCUGGAGUAGGGAUGUUCAAUUCCAAGGAGAAGUUUGGAUUUCCUGCAUGGUCAUGUAUUAACUUCCCAGAUCGAUCACAUAGAUUGCAAUAGGAAGCAGCAGAUCUAGUGUGAACUGGAGCUUUUGGUUAUGGAUAAAAUUCAUGAUAUGCACAGUGACUUGUGUUUCAUAGAUAAGUUGCCAAGCAAUUGGGGGGAGGGGGUUGGGGCUGGGGGAGUGACCCAUAAUAGUGAUAUUGUAUGAAUACAAAAUGAGAAUGCUAUUUUGAAGACAAUUAACUUGUAUUUCUUCUAAUUUUCAAACAUGAGUUCUUAAAGAUUUAUUUUAUGCCAUAGAUAUCCAAGUAACAGUGUUGUAAAGCCUAUUUACAUUAUCAGGGCUCCACCUUGCAAGGGAACAUUCAUGAUUUUCCCUGAUCCUUGAAAUUUGUUGGGUCACCCAUUUGAAAUUAAUCGAACUAUAUGCUUUGAAGCAUCUGAGAUACAUAUUGAUCAGUCCUGGGGCCCACUUGUGUAUAUUUCUCCUUGCGGCAUUGAAACUUUAAUCCCUUGGAGUGAUUUCAUGCAUCUGGUGGUUCAAGUAAUGGCAAACACUUCCACCUUGGUGUAGGUGUUCAGGGCUUAAAUCCAGUUGUUCGUCCCAAAUAGAGUAGCUCUUUUGAUCAAUUGCUGAAUGAAAAGUGAACCUUUAUGUAAAUCCCUUAUUUAUACCCAUUUCAGUUGAGAAAAAUAAACCUUUAUGUGUCACAUCUAAUAUGGAAUGAAAUUUGUAAACAGCAAUAUGUGACUUGCAUUCUCUCCUCCUCCUUCCCCCCAAUACCCCAAAAUCAUUACCAAUAACUAUGCUGUCUAGCCUAAGGAUAGACACUGUGGUAGUGUGAAAACAAAGGGAAAUUGUUCCAUAUGUCUGGUUUAAGCAGAAUGUGCUUAGUGCUUUUUUGAAUGCUUAUAACUCUGACAAUUCCUGAAAAAUAAGAGAAUGAAUAGUUUCCCGAACUGUGGUUGUUGUUUUUGAGAGCACAAGAAUAUUCUGUUGAUUUCCUUUGUAGUUUCCAAGAGCAGUAUUGUGGUUUUAUUUUUCCUUCUGGUAGGGAAAUUCCAAACAAGUUGCACACUUCUACUCCAGAGUUCAAUUUCUUUUACAUAGAAGACCUCGCUUCUGACGUGUUACCUUACUGAUAGGAUCUUUACUUGUAGCACUAUUAACUCGUGGGAAUAUUUUUUUAUGUGAACCUGAUUUGAUGAAAAGCUUAAAAAAACUUUUUUGAAGCACUCACAUUGAGAGGACUACAGGUAAUGUUUUAUAAAAAAAAAAUUGCACAAAAGAAACAUGAAUGUUGGAAUGAUUCAUUCAGUGUUUGAAAAGCGAUGGAUAUGUUGAAAUCGUGUGUUGUUUGUAAAAAUGAAAUAAAAGUACAAAAGCCGAGAAAGGGUGAAAGUUACAUGUUUUUUGUAUAUAGAAAACUCUCACGUCUAGAUGAUCCGAUUGUAUUGGUUCUGGCUGGAAAGACUAGUUGAUUAAUAGGUUUUUCAAAGACAAAUAUGCUUACUUCUACACUUGCUUUACAUGACUCCCGUCAUUGGGGAAGGGGAGAAUGAUUCACAAGAAUACCAUUAUUUCCCCAGGCUGGAUUUAAACCUUGAAUAUGGUUGGGGUGUCUUUACUCCUUCUAGGGAUGGUGACUCACAUCUUUUGCACUUUCUGUUUCUUAAAAUAAAACACAAAGGGCAAUCCAAAGAAUUUAGUUGGCAAACAAGAAGUGUUUCUUGCAAGGGAUAUCAACAGCCAACAAAAGAGAAGUUGGAAACAGCAUUUUGUCUCAUGUAAUCCACAUUUCCCCCCAUCCUCUUCAUUUAUACCUGGAAGUGUUAAAGACAUGAUUUUAGUUAUUCUAGGAGUUAUCUGGAGAGUUUAAAUUAUGUUUCGUUUGGUAUAGAAAUGAACUUUAUUGCCACAUCAAAAAUGAAGGGAACUUUGGAGUAUAGGUUUAAGGUAGGGCUCCAAAAUACACGAAGUCUUUAAAGUGGUGGCGGGGGUGCCUUUCUGAUGGUUGUUUGAAUCCUUCUCUCCUCCUCCCUUGCAGCCUAUAGUAAUAAUCCACGUUUCCGUUUCAGCAUUCAAUGCGGAAGGGAUAUAAUUCUCUAAUAAAACGACCCCUUCAGGUGCAGAAAGAUGGCCUCUCUCAUAACAAAAUGAAGCAGUGUUUCUACGUACAAUACAUAUUGCAAGAACUCUGUGGUUUUUCUCAUUGUUAUCAGAAAGGACUUGAGUCUUCCACUGAGCAUUAAUCUGAAGCUUCUUCUGUGGUUGCUUUUGUUUGUUCGUUUUCAUUUGCUUGAUUAAAGCUCUUACUCCCUUUUCCUCCGCCAUACAGUAGGCAGCCAUUGGAGGUGUUCUCUGCAAUAGACUUGACUCACUGGUGCUGGAACUGCUGUAUGAUGCAAAUAUCGCAAGUCACUUUCAUUGAGACCUCGGACAAAUCAUAUAGACGUCCAUAUCAUAGGUACUUGCGUUUUUCCCCCAACAGUGCCAUUUGUCAACACAAUUACAUGUGUGAAAAGUCUGUUAGUGAGGUAUUGUAAAGCCACAGAAAGUUUGGAUUGAGAAAUGUUUGGUUGGAUUCUACUUUGGAUGCCAGACAAUGUAGGAUCAUCCGUUAAAUCUAUAAAGUUUGUUUCAUUAUGAAGCUGUAUUCAGAGCAAGUAGUGGUCUGCCGAUUUGCACCACCAAAGAGCUGACCACCAAGAGAGUUCUCUGAAAAUUAAAACCAUUUAUGGCAGGGAUAGGGAAUGUAGCGCUUUCCAAAUGCUGUUGAGACAGACAUUGUUAUGCAAGCUACGGCAGCAGUCCAGUGACAUCUGGACAGUCACUGUUUCCUCACCAAUGUACAUAAUGUGCAUUUCAUUUUCAGAGCAGUAUCUAUGUGAGGGGACGACAAUAUUGCAAAAUGGCUGCCAAUAAAUUCCCAUCCGCCCAAAGCCAAAGGAGGAGCACAGAAAGUGCAAUUAUUUAUUGACCAGAGAAAUGAUGUAAUUCUUACUUGUUGAGCGCUUAAGGCUGUAUGGAAGCGGUAAAAGAUAGAUAUUUGGAUUUAUCUACGUGGUUUUAGCUUUCAUGCUUGUAAAGUUGAUUGUCAGAUCUAAUCCACAUUCACUUGCAAAUUGUUCUGUGUAUCUGUUUAGCCCCAGAAAGACAGGCCUUAAGUAACUGAAAUGCCUCAAAAUGUUUUUGUGUGUCUGGACAAUAAAUAUCUGCAUUUAUGUAGCCAGUUGGUGGUUCUCCUCAUAUUUUCUAUUUGUACCUCAGACCUACUGCCUCUCAAGGUCAUUGUUUAGAUAUGAACCUUAGUUGUCGUCUUUCCGUCAGCUACUACAACAUAAAUUUCUAUUUAAAUAAGAUAGAAAAUCAGAAAAUACUCUUUUACCUAGUCUGUUAAACAGGUAACCUUCAGGCCCUUGCAUUCAGGCCUAAAUCUAAAAAUUAGGUCCAACUAAAGAAGACCCACUGUAUAAGUAGAAUUUACAUAAGCAUUGAUUUAAACCCCAUUGAUCCAGUGGGUCUGGUAUAACUGGAGCUAACAGCUGAGUGUUUUUUCUCAGUUUUCAUUGCGAUUUUGUGAACAUUUGGCAUAUUUCCAAGGAAAGAGGUCUCCCACAACAGCAGAUAGUUUGUGCUGGGCUUUUUCCGCUUCCUCAAGUGAUGAAAACAUACAUUUUCAAUGUCUUGCCUAGUGUUGGCCUAGGAAAAGGGGUAUAUCAUAGCUUUAUGCGGAGGUCAUAUUGGGCUGACGUGGCCAGUACAAGGAGAAAUAGGGAGGGGAUGUUUUGCACCUUAUAGAAAAGAGGAGGAGAUUUAAGUGCAUACAGACAUAGGUAAGAGCUUUUAUUGUGACAAGAGAACUUUUUCCAUAUGCGUGCAUACUCUCUGUAAUUCCAGUGUAAAAUAUUGUACUUGCACUAGCUUUUUUAAAACAAAUAUUAAAAAAAUGGAAGAAUUCAUAUUCUAUUUUCUAAUCGUGGUGUGUCUAUUUGUAGGAUACACUCGCGUCUGUUUAUUGAAUUUUAUGGUCCCUUUCUUUGAUGGUGCUUGCAGGUUUUCUAGGUAGAAAUUAUUUCAUUAUUAUAAUAAAACAAUGUUUGAUUCAAAAUUUGAACAAAAUUGUUUUAAAGAAAUUGUCUGUAUACCAGUACAAGUUUAUUGUUUCAGUAUACUCGUACUAAUAAAAUAACAGUGCCAAUUGCAAA